UCCCGCGAACUUUUUUCUUUUUGUCGCGUGUGAAAGUUCAGCUUCCGCCUAGCAGCGGUCCUUCCGGUUUGGACGCCAUUAGCAAAACGCAGAGAUGGCCAUCAGGUAUCCUAUGGCGGUUGGCCUUAACAAAGGCCAUCCAGUGACCAAAAACGUUACGAAGCCCAAGCACAGCCGCAGGAGAGGGCGUCUGACCAAGCACACCAAGUUUGUGCGCGACAUGAUCCGUGAGGUGUGCGGUUUCGCGCCCUACGAGAGGCGUGCCAUGGAGUUGCUGAAGGUGUCCAAGGACAAACGUGCCCUCAAGUUCAUCAAGAAAAGGGUGGGAACUCACAUCCGCGCCAAGAGAAAGAGGGAAGAGCUCAGCAACAUUCUGGCUGCCAUGAGGAAAGCUGCUGCCAAGAAGGAGUAGAGCCUGAAUUAUGACAAAUAAAUUUGUAUGUGUAAAAACAA